GCUAUUAUCAAUAUAGAGGAAGGAGAGUCUCCCUCCCUCUCUUUCUCUCUCUAAAAGCGAAGAGGACGAAGGACUUCUUUUUCUUCUUCUCUUGCUUGUGCAAUAAUCUCCUUCUCCGUGGUUGUUUUGAGGGGUUGCGGCUAGUGGAACAGAUCGGCGGUCUGUUGUUGUGGUUGGGAGAUGAAAGCAUAGAUGUAUUGUAGUGUAGAUUCUAGUCUCUGUUGAGCAUGAUGAGCUGUUGGGUUCCGGGAGUGGAGAUUUGAGGGGGUAAGAGGGGAGCAGUUGUUGGGGAGGAUGAGAUUCGUGUUCUUUGGUUGAAGGGAAUCGAGUCCUUAGCAAUGCCUUCCUUCGAUUCUUCAUAUUCUUCUUCCCCGAAGGUCUCUGACCGGCGCUGGUGGUGGAUGACCAAUCGGAAGGUGGCGGAGAAGAACAUGAAGGAGGCGAGGUUGAUGUUGAGGAGCCCAGAUCAGGCGCAGAGACAGGCGGCGCUGGCCCUACUGGACGACGCCAUUGCUGUCUGUCCCCGCUGGGACGCGCCGCUUCACCUCAAGGCUACUGCGCUCCUCAGUCUCCGCCGUUACCGAGACGUCGCCGAGCUCUUUCGAGACGACAUUCCUUCCGCCGGAGCCCGCGACGACUCGGCUUCGUCUUCGUGCUCUUCACUUUCCUCUGAUUCUCUCUCGCGGGAGAGCCUCAACCUCCUACCUGCUCCGCCGGAGAAUUCCGCAGCCGAGGCCCUCACUCGAUGCUUCUCCGUCUCCGACAUCAAGAACCGUCUUUUACCAGGAAUGUCGCCCGGUAGGCGCAACGCCGGCCGUCGCCAGCAUUGGCGGUACAUCAUCCUCGGCCAGGCGCUUUCCCAUCUCGGGCUUCUGGAGGACGCCCUGCUCCUCCUUCAGGCCGGAAAGCGCCUUGCUUCCGCGGCCUCCCGUCGGGAUAGCGGCCUCUUCUCCGAUGACGUCUUCUCCGCCGGGUCCGGUGACGCCGAGGAGCUUGAAAGCGUCGGGCAACUGCUCGCGAACGUGAAGUUCCUGCUCCGCCGCCGUGCGGCGGCGCUGGCAGCGCUCGAUGCCGGGCUACCGGCGGAGGCCGUCCGGCAUUUCUCGAAGAUUAUCGACGGGUCACGCCGGGCUGUCCCGCAGGCGUUCCUAGCCGAGUGCUACAUGCAUCGGGCAGCCGCCUAUCAGGCCGCUGGCCGGAUUUCGGAAUCGAUCGCUGAUUGCAAUCGGACGCUUGCGCUCGAUCCUACGUGCGUGGGCGCGCUCUCCACCCGAGCGUCGCUCCUCCAGAGCGUCGGCUGCUUCACAGAGUGCCUGCAGGACCUCGAGCACCUCAAGCUCCUUUACGACUCCAUCCUCCGUGACCGGCGGCUUCCCGGCCGUCCGUGGCGAUUAGGCGGCCGAGCCCACUUUGCUUCAGGAGACGUUUUCUCGAACUCGAAGUCCAUCGCCGGAAAAAUCGCCGAGAUGAACCUGAUCGUGGUCGCUGGCUCCUUGCCGCCCGUCGACUACUAUGCCCUGCUAGGGCUAAGGCGCGGCUGCCCCCGGUCGGAGCUCGAGUGCACCCACAGGCUACUCUGUCUCCGUCACCGACCGGACCGGGCUACCGGGUUCAUCGAGCGCUGCGAGUUCGCCGAUGAGCGCGACGCCGAUGGUGUGAGGGACCAGGCGAGGAUGUCUGCCAUGCUGCUCUAUAGGCUGCUUCAGAAGGCCUACGCCCACGUCAUGGCAACCAUCAUGGAGGAGGAAGCUGCCGAGAGGCAGCAACAGAAGGCUGCAGCCGCCGCCUCUGGAGACGCGACGGUCAGAACUUCAGAUAGAGGGUCGAAUGGUAGCAAUCAGGAAAUGAUGAAUUGUUCGUCGAGGGCCAAUGUGAAGGAAGAACUGGUGGAGAAGGCUGCAGUGCCAACAGUGGCAAUUUUUCCGGGAGGGUUUUGCCGCGAAAUCGCCGGCGUGGGCAGCUUGCUCUCGCCGGGUUUCGCGCAUCCGGCGCACCAUCUUCAUGAAGCUUUGAGCUGUUGAUUGUUCAAAGUUUUGCUUGCUUGCCGGUUUCUCUUCUGGCCUUCCUUUUUUGUAUAAAAUUGGUGUAGCCAUCGGAUGGAAAAGUUUUGCCUUUCUUGUUUCUUUUUACCUCGUUGUUUCUUAGUUUUCUUCUGUUUGUUUAGUUGGUAAUACAAUGUAGAGAAAAAGGUUCCUGAUCAA